AUGAGGCCUCCACCAAUCUCUUCCUUGAUUCCAGAGGUCCGUGGGCGAUGCGCCGGGAUGGAGACCGUUCUUGGCGGUUUGUCCUCAUCCGUCUUGGCUGUAAUCCUUGCGAAUGAUGAUGAUGAUGAUGAUGAUGAUGAUUAUGAUGAGAAUGGACCCGUGGUGACCGGGAUGUGUGGUGUUACACUGGCAUCCCAGUCGAUUGAUCCGGACCGAAGAUGA